AUGGUUCCUGUGCUGCAAAAUCGAACGCGGAAGCGAGAGGAAUCCCUCCCUCAGCUCUCAUCCAUCGCUCACCAAAUCACCAUCUUCAGACUCCUUCUAUCUCUCCGAAUAGAGGAGUACAGCGACAAACAACCGCUCACCAGCAUAGCAGAGAGUAAACCAUCAAGACAUGAAAAUCAAGAGUCGGAUGAAUCUUGUGAUUUCGACUACGAUGAGGGAGAUGUUGUUCGAGCCCGUGGUUGGCCACACCAUCACCGCAACCUAGCAAAACAUGGGUUCCGCCCUGUAUCGACGUCCCCAAACAGCUACCCUGGAGAUGAGAUCCCAGCGGAUAUUCGAGAAUCGCUUGAUCAUAAUGGCCAGCGUAGAUCCGCCCAAAUGACCGGAUCUUUACGCAGUCUCGCAUGGUUGGCGGGACUCGACGAACUCGUUGAAGCCACCGACGACCCUGCAUAUCUUAUCGAGGAUGACAUAGAGAUUGGGGACAACCCUACUGGCUCGGGCAACAACCCACCAGUCAUAUCCUCAUCCCCGAUGGCAACAAUUCCAGACACCGCUCCAACGGUUGUCAAAGAGACUCUCAAUACCCACAACUUCCGCGACCUUUACCCGUAUUCUCGAAUCAAAGCACCAGAUCCAGCCAUAUGUGUUAAGGUACGAUUCGACAAGAACUUCACUCGACUGGAAAAAGAUAUUAGGAAGCUUGUCGGUGCCCGGCUUGAGUCAGGAAACCUUUGGUUUCAAGGAUUAAGCUUCGGCGCAUCAGAAUCAACUCUGGCCUUCCUUAUCCCGGGAGGGAGUAGCCAUAAUCUGAAAAUGAGUUUGGUCCCGGAUUCUACACUGCGGAUUCUCUGGGUUUGGGUGCCAAAGUCGGAAGCUUGGAAUGCCUGGGUAGCCAAGUGGAAGCAUCUUCCACUGGAGAUUGCGCAGCAGCCAGUGCUAGCGGAAUAUGAUACAGCAGACUUCAUCAAUGGGACCAUCUCUGAGAUAGGGCAAAGUGUGCGAGGAAGCAAUGGAGUCCCUACCCUGUCAGAAACAAAUCAACCGGUUGCAUGCAGCUAUGGAGGAUGCAGACCUUCGUUCAAUUCGCUCCAAAUGAUCAUCUUCGUUUUGCGGAGCUAA